AUGAGUCGUAUGGAAAAGGAGACGGAUGGUACGAGAGAGAUUCGCCCGACAGGGAAGCGCAGCAGCGGCGGUGCAGUCAAGGAGAAGCAGCCCGGCGCGGGAGCAGCAGCGGCAGCGGCGGAGACAGAGGAGGCAGUGGCUACUCGAGUGGUGCUUCGGGGACCUGGAGCUACGCGCACUGACCGAAGAGGACGCGCACUUAAUACCAAGGGGGUGGGGGUGGUGGAGGGGAGGCAAGACAGAAAAAAAAGGAGGAGGAGGAGGCGGGAGGUGAUGGGUGAGAGACAGAGAGAAGAGAAGGAGAGAGAGAGGAGAGAGAAAGGAAAGCCGGAGGAGGAGGUUCAACGUCAAGGGGGAAAAAUGCAUGACCAGUGA